AUGUCAUUAAGGAGAAUAAAUAGUAGAUACAUCAAAUGUGUUGAAUGCAUACUAACUAAGUAUUGCACUGGUUUUAAGAUACUCCUUUUAGUGCUUCUAAUCGCAUUGUAUCAUUUGCAACAAGGAGAUAGUCAUGUGAUUCUAUCCAUUAAAGAUUUUUUAAAUGAUUCUCACUCUACAAAUGUUGAUCAUUCUAAGGCAUUUCAAGAUGCAUGGAAAGCGUUAUGUGGAGACAGUGGGAGAGGUCGGGAAGCCUCUCUAAUCAUACAUUCUAGGGAAACAUAUACCAUACAACCACAAUUGUUUGAAGGUCCUUGUGUAUCUUCACAUAUUCAUAUUCAGAUUGAUGGAACGAUUGAAGCGCCGAGAAUGGUAAAAGACUGGGGAAGUAAAAAAACGGACUGUUGGUUAUGUUUCGGAAAGGUGACAGGUCUCGUUCUCGACGGAUCUGGUGUUCUCAAUUCCCAUGGGGAAAACUGGUGGUCAUCAGUUGGCUUAUCCUCCCGACCAGCGGCAGUGAAAUUUUCUGGGUGCCAAAACAUUAUAUAUAAAGGAUUAACUCAAAUCAAUAGUCCAAAGAAUCACAUAUCAAUUACUAGUUCCACCAACGCAACUUUAUCAAAUAUUCAUUUGAUCGCACCUUCAACCAGUCCAAAUACUGAUGGCAUUGAUAUCUCUGUUUCACACAAUAUCCAAAUUCUCAGUUCAUCAAUCAAAACCGGUGAUGAUUGUAUUUCAAUUCAAAGUGGUUCAUACGAUAUCAACAUAACUUCUGUGACAUGUGGUCCGGGUCACGGCAUAAGUAUCGGAAGUCUGGGGAAAAGAGAAACAAGUGAAAUAGUACAAAAUGUGAAUGUAAGACAUUGUACCUUCACUGGAACUCAAAAUGGUGCAAGAAUCAAGACAUGGCCUGGAGGACAAGGAUUUGUUAAAAAUAUUUUGUACGAAGAUAUUACUAUGAUAAAUGCCAGAUUCCCCAUCAUCAUCGAUCAACAUUAUGACGGUCGGAUACAAUCAGGGGCAACGGCGGUGAAAGUGAGUGGCGUGACAUAUAAAUACUUUAAAGGGACAGUUGUUGCCGAUGUUCCUGCAAUAAAACUAGAUUGUGACCAAAAAUCAGGUUGUGAUAACAUUGUCAUGGAUAACAUCAACAUCACUUCUUCAUCUCCAAGAACGCCUCUCACCUCGUAUUGCAAAUUUGCGCAUGUAACUAGUCGCUUUGUCUCCAUUCCCAUCAAAUGUAAUUAUCAUGUCAAUAUGCAACCUCCAUCAGCCAAACCAUAUGCUGAACCUCCGGCACCAAUUGCUAUAUCCGCGAAACCAUAUGAUGAACUUCCGACUGCUCUAAAUCUGACACCGCAUGACACUGCAUGGUGA